AUGUCGGAAUCAUUUGCCCUUCUUCGCCGUCGCCGCAGCGACGAGCUCGCCAAGCUUGCCGAUGAGCAUAUGCAACACGAUCUCCAGGCCGACGAUCGAGAUGCGCUCAAGUCAGCCGCCUCGACUGUCUCGUCCUGGACAACUGUUGGAUCCGCGGUGGGCCUUGGGCUUGGAUUGUAUGCCGCGAUUCGAUUAAGAAGCACGCGCAAGGCAUUCUUCGCCGCUGUUCGUGCACAGGAGAGGCCCACCAAGGUCGUCUUCGCGGACGGGCGAACCGAGCCCAUUCCCGACCUCACGCCUUUGCUGAAGCCCACACCCCUUGGGGACGUCGCAACGUAUUUCUUUGCCUCGGCCGGCGGCCUAUUCCUGGGCGGGGAGCUUGGUUUCGCAGGUGGGGCGGCCAGCGGAAGCCGGGCAAUCACAACCAACCCGGAGAGAAAGAAGAGAAUCGAGACUGCGUUUAGAAGAUUCAGAGCGGAUGUGCUACGGAGGGAAGCAGAUGCUUUGGAUAAAGGUGCAAAUGUUUCAGACAUGAUGUUCUAA